AUGUCAACUUCAAUUAUAAGAACUAUAAAGAAUAUAUAUUCUUCAGGUCUUAAGAGAGCUGCAUGGCAAAUAGCUUUCCUCAAUGAUACCAAGAGAGGUAAAUUAGUAGGAACCGAUGAUUGGGGCAACAAAUAUUACGAAACUGAUGUGCCAGAAGAAAUUCAUUUAAGAACUAGAUGGGUUGAAUAUAAUGCCAACUUUUUAGGAAUUGAUAUUUCAAAUGUUGAACCAGGAUGGCAUUAUUGGUUAGGUUAUGGUACCAACACCCCUCCUCAUAAAUUACCAGAAGAUCAAAAAUCAGUAAGAGCUUAUCCAUUACCUGAAAAACAUAAAGCAAAUUUGACCGCAACCAGAGGUGCAUAUGUUCCAUAUAAUACUGCUAAACCAAAAUUUGAAUCUUGGGAACCUGUGGUGAGUGAACGUUUGUAA